UCGGACUUGGAAAGGUAGAGUUGCCCUCACCCUAGGUAGUGCUGUCCAAUCACGAAAGUAGAAAAGCUAAAAAAAAGAUGCCUCCUGCAGCAGAUGCUGGUCGUUGUCCUUCCCAGGACCUCGAUGGGGACGUUCCUGGUUCACAUGUGGGCCUAAUCAGCGACGUGGUGAAGAAAUUUCUUGGAUCGACACAUCGCUUCGAUUUGCGUCCCUGUUGCUUGCUUGCGUUGGACAGCGAUACUUUGCGUUGGACAGCGCUCCAAGAAGAGGAAGAGCUUGGCGUCGUUCAGCCGAGACCGUACUGCGCAGUGACGUGCUACACACAGGCCGUGAAGCUGCCGGGAAGCUCUUCGUACAAGUACGAAACGCUUUAUGUUGGUCAUGAGUUUCCGGCGCAUUUUCUGAGGCGUCGGGCUCGGCUUGAACAUAUACUCCUCAAUUGCAACAAUGAUCGGCAACAGACUUGGUUUCUUCCUGAGUCUUAUGACCUGCGGAUAGAGCUCGAAAAGCACAAGAAAAAUGUUGCGUUUACAACCGCGAAAGCGUGUGCAAUUUGGUUGAUGGACACCAUUGGCAUUGGCCGCGGGGGGCACCACUUGAAGCUAAUUGUAACGGAGCUUGCUACGAAGAGGCUACUAUUGGCGUUGGACUCCGGAAGAACCACUACCAAGACUCUCUCGCGUGAGAGCGUAAUGGAUUACAUUGAACUCAUUGACGCAACGCGUGGUAUACACUAGUUUAAAGCGACGACCCGAAGUGCUCGUUCGUAGUCCGUCGCGUGCGGUUCAUUCUCAUUGACUUGCUAAAGUUUUUAUGAGGUUUGUCCUCGUUCAUCUGGUCUUUCG